AUGAGGGCGAAUAUGAAUAUGAAAUGGCAUCUCGGCGCCAUUGCCGUUGCGACGGCCAUCCAGUCGGUGUUUGUGUCUGCGCAGACGUACACCGACUGUAACCCUACAGAGGAAACCUGCUCCGCAGACACCGGCCUCGCACAAUGGUCCUUCACCACAGACUUCACCUCCGGCGACUCGGCCUUCGACAGCUGGAACGUCACCUCCGGCUCUGUCCCCAGCACAUCCCUCGGCGCCGAAUUCACGAUCAACGAGCAGGGCGACGCCCCGACCAUCGAAACAGACUUCUACAUCUUCUUCGGCUAUGUCGAGGUCAAGAUGCGGGCUGCCAACGGCACGGGGAUCAUCAGCACGGCGAUCCUGGAGAGCGAUGACCUCGAUGAGAUCGACUGGGAACAAAUCAGCACCUUCGACAACCAAAUCAGCACAAACUACUUCGGCAAGGGCAACACGACCUCCUACGACCGCGCGACAACCGUCUCCGUCAUAAACCCCACCGAGGAAUUCCACACGUACGCCAUCUCCUGGACUUCAUCCAAGACCGAGUGGUAUAUCGACGGCACGCUCGUCCGCACCCUCAACUACGCCGACGCCGUCGACGGCACGAAUUACCCGCAGACACCCAUGCGCGUGCGCAUUGGCAUCUGGGCCGGCGGGGACCCGGAUAAUAGCGAGGGCACGAUCGAGUGGGCGGGGGGCGAGACGGAUUACAGCGCCGCCCCGUUCACGAUGUAUGUGGAGAGUGUGUCGAUCGUCAAUUAUAAUCCGGCGGAGAGUUAUACGUGGACGGAUAGGACGGGGGAUUAUACGAGUAUCAGUGCGAGUAAUGGGACCGAUGGGACUGGUGCGGGGACGACGCUGUCAGGUACGGAUUCUACUACCAUCUCUUCUGCGUCCACGUCCGUCUCUUCGACGGCUGUGUCGUCAACGAGUUCGAGUUCCGGCGAGAGCGAGACGUUUACGCCGACUUCACACAUACCCUUCUCCUCCCAUCUACCCACCACCCCGUCGAGUUCCAGUUCCGCGCUCAUUCAGGUUCCUCACGCAGGCACAACCACAACCAGCUCGUCAACCUCGUCAUCCGACUCGAGCUCAAGCUCUACCUCCAGCUCCACCGACAGCGUAAGCAGCAGCUUCGCAUCCCUGUUCCCAACCAGCGGCGCCAGCUCGAGCGCCCUGUUCACCCCGACUUCCAGUAUCAGUCAGACCCCUGCCACCAGCUCGCCGACGACGUUCUUUAAUGCUUCUCCAGGUGUUUUGUCUGCCGGGUUCGGCGGGUUUGCGCUGGUGGUUAUUGCUAUGGUAUUGCAGAUUUAG